UUUCAUGCUCAAUUGGACGGUUCAUUGUGCUGGACUCCUUUAUUCAUGAAUCCAUUUUCUCGAUGUCUUCUGUUCUCAAGCCCGCAAAGUAAUCUCGGUGUUCACAACCACGGUGUUUGAAGUUUCUUCAAAUGAGAUGGUAUUUCCAUGGUACGCAAUCGUUAUUGCUGGCCUUGCGGGGACCCUAGUUAUAGCUAUUGUGUUCAUUAUAGUUUUGCGUCUCAUUCUUUCAUUUGUUCGGAAAAGGGCGCAACACGAAAAUGCGUAUUCCAAAUUGGAUACUGCAGAGGAGGUUUGCGGAGACCCCGAUGAUUCAAUGCAAGACAAAGACGAUAACAUGCCUGUAAGAACACAAAUAGAUAUUUUCCAAGAAAAAAUAGGCAAGAAGCAAGAUCGCAGUUACUUAGAUAUUGCAGAAACCCGCUCAAUCAGAAGUGAGGUGGCAGUAGUGAAACACGUUUAUGCAGAAGUGUCUCAGUCUGACUAUGAUGCUUCUAGUGAUAGGGAAUCUCUUUCCGCUUAUGGUGACUUGGGCUGGCGCAAGAGCGAUGCCGGUUUGAGUAGAGCUGAUACCUUGAAAACAGACAUUCUUGGAGGUGUUGAUUCUUCUCGCGUUCAACUUUCUUUGAUACUCAACGAAGAGAAGGGAUAUUUAGCGGGUAAAAUAAUAAAGAUAGAAGGUAUUCCGCUUCCUGCUUCAAACGGACCUCACCAGGUUAAAUUGCACGUAGUUUUUCUGCCCUCUAGAAAGUAUAUUGUUAAGAGUAGAUAUUACAAUGUAACAACAACAACAACAACAGUAAACAAAUAUUUCAAAUUGAAAUUCAGAGAGCUUCCAGAUCCUGAGAAGUCGGCAGUUAGGUACAGAUUAUACGGAAGGAGGGUCAAGCUUGGGAUUUCUGGACCAGACAAAUGCAUAGGAGAAGCUUGUGUUGAAUUACCAGAGAUACUUUCUUCAAGAGGUGGUGUGACUAUGUGGAAAACCAUUGUCCCAAAGGGAAUGUCGAAAGCUAUUGAAUACGAACGCAGUUAGAAUUAACCCGUGAAUAUCCCAAAGAUUUUACCGGAGGGUAGGACGAAAAGAUAUACUGAUAUAUAAUACUGAUAUAAAAGACAUAUCAACACUGUCGAACCUUAUUAUGGCUAACGAAUUUCUGAAAAUGUUGACUGUAAUGUACUUGCCAAUGGGUCUAGCAAGUACUGGCUUGUUGAAUCCCUCUAGUACUUUCAUUUAAUUGUUGAUGUUUGUUGAGCA